AUGCCCAAGAUCUACAAGGUGUGUAUCAAGCGCCGACACAAGCAGCAGCCGGCGUCAUCGACACUCGCACACGCAUCCAGCACUUCAGUCAUUGCAAACGCAGAUCGACAGCGUCGUAAUGCUGCUAUCUCGAGCAUGUCGUCUCCGAGUCACAUCGCGCUGACAUUAUGUGUCUCUCUAAUCAUCGUCUACAGCCAGGAAAGGUCGCCGUCGUCCUUAGCGGCCGUCACGCCGGUUGUCGUCAUCAAGCAGUUCGAUGACGGCUCCAAGGACAAGUCGUUCCCCUACAUUGUCGCUGCCGGCAUUGAGCGAUACCCGUCCAAGGUCACCAAGCGUAUGGGUGCUAAGAAGAUCGCAAAGCGAUCCAAGGUCAAGCCUUUCGUCAAGGUCAUCUCGUACAACCACCUUAUGCCCACCCGGUACGCACUCGAGCUCGAGGGUCUCAAGGGAGCCGUCACCCAGGACACUUUCAAGGAGCCUUCGCAACGCGAGGACGCCAAGAAGCAGAUUAAGCAGAUUUUCGAGGAGAAGUACACCUCGGGCAAGAACAAGUGGUUCUUCACCCCUCUCCGCUUCUAA